AUGAAGGCGCGGCUGAGCCACCGGACGUCGACGGGGAAGCGUGACUGGAUCAUGUCAUGGCGAUCCCCCCGCGACCCGGCGCCGGGCCCCUUCUCCUACGGCCUGGACCCCGGCACGUCGCUGCAGCUGCUCAUGUGGAACGGGACGCGCCCCUGCUGGCGCAAUCCCGUCUGGAUGGGGCACGACGUCUCCACCAACUACAUCAACGCCGGCACGGUUAGGACGGCGGUCGUGGGCUCCGAGGAGGAGAUCGCCAUCACCUUCACCGUGCCCUUCGGCGCGGCGCCCAUGCGGUACGUGCUGACCAGCUCCGGUAGCUUCCAGCUUCUCAGCUGGAACGGCACCACGUCGGCCUGGGACACACUCGAAUCGUGGCCAUCGAACGGGUGCAGCAACUAUGGACGCUGCGGCGCGUUCGGGUACUGCAACGUCACGGCGGCGCCGGCGGCGUGCAGGUGCCUCGAUGGGUUCCAGCCGGCGAGUGCGGCGGAGUGGAGCUCCGGCAGGUUCGAGCAGGCGUGCCGGCGGAAGCAGGCACUGCCGGCAUGCGGCAGCGACGGGGAGGGUUUUGUGUCGAUGCCGAGCAUGACGGUGCCGGACAAGUUCAUGCUCGACGCCGGCAACCGGAGCGCGGAGGAGUGCGCGGCGAGGUGCGCAGCCAACUGCUCGUGUGUGGUCUACACGUACGCGGGCGAACUGGGCCGGUGCCUGGUGUGGGCAGAGGAGCUCGUCGACGCACAGAUGAUCGGCGCGGCCGGCGAGACGCUCUAUCUCCGCCUCCCCGUGCCCAUUGCUGCUACUUCCACAGGUAGAAAUGCAGUGAAGAUAGCACUGCCGUUGUUGGCAGCUGCCCUGCUGCUCUCAUGCAUUUGCUUCCUAUGGUUCCGUAGAUUCAGAGGUAAGGGAACUAAUUUCACCGAGAGCCAAAAUAAGCUGGUGCCCGGGACCGGAACCACAAACACAUCGAGCGAAAUCGGAGAAGUAGAUCACACUUGUGACCUUGAGUUCCACUCCAUACGGUUCGCCGAUAUUGUCGCUGCCACGGGCAACUUCUCCAAGACAUUGAUGAUCGGACGAGGAGGUUUCGGCAAGGUUUACAAGGCAAAACUAGACGGUGGUCAGGUGGUCGCCGUGAAGAGGCUGAGCAAGGACUCAGAUCAGGGAGCAGAGGAGUUCAAGAACGAGGCGACUCUGAUCGCCAAGCUGCAGCACCGGAACCUGGUGCGCCUCCUCGGCUGCUGCACCGAGGGGGCCGAGAAGCUGCUCAUCUACGAGUACCUUCCCAACAAGGGCCUCGACGCCAUUCUCUUCGACAGUGCAAGGAAAGCGGUGCUGGAGUGGCCGACGCGGCUGGGGAUCAUCAAGGGCGUGGCGAGAGGGCUGCUCUACCUGCACCAGGACUCCAGGCUGACGGUGAUUCACAGGGACCUCAAGGCCAGCAACGUGCUGCUGGACGCCGAGAUGCGGCCCAAGAUCGCCGACUUCGGCAUGGCCAAGAUCUUCGGCGACAACCAGGUCAAAGCCAACACCAAGCGCGUCGUCGGGACAUAUGGCUACAUUGCUCCCGAGUACUCGACGGAGGGCGUGUUCUCCGUCAAGUCCGACGUGUACAGCUUCGGCGUGCUGCUGCUGGAGAUCGUGAGCGGCAUUAGGAUAAGCUCAACCUAUGGCAUCAUGGAGUUUCCUAGCCUGAUAGUCUAUGCAUGGCACCUGUGGAGGGAAGGGAAGGCAGGCAAGCUGGUGGAUCCCUCCAUGGCAGAGAGCUGUUCAGAGGAUGAGUCAUUGCUCUGCAUCCACGUCGGGCUCCUUUGCGUCGAGGAUGACCCGAGCAGGAGGCCGCUCAUGUCAUCCGCCGUGUCCAUCUUGGAAAAUGGAAGCGCGUCGGUGGUGCCGUCGGCGUAUCUUCCGGCACCGAACCAGCCAGGGUACAUCGGAAUGAUGGGAGAGAAGAUCCAAAGAACCGAUCUCGAGAACAGCAGAAAUACCAUUGCCAUGACCGUUCUACAAGGCCGGUAG